AAUUCUUCACUCUGAAUAUUCAUCUAUAUUCUCUCACCGAUUCAAAAACUUCACCUUCUUCAAAUCUCUCUUUUUUUCGAUUUCAAUUUCAAUUUCUUCAUCAAUUUCUUCAUCAAUGGCUGGUAGAGGCAAAACCCUAGGUUCCGGUUCUGCUAAAAAAGCCACCUCAAGAAGCAGCAAAGCUGGUCUUCAAUUCCCCGUUGGCCGUAUCGCUCGUUUCCUCAAAGCCGGAAAAUACGCUGAACGUGUUGGUGCUGGUGCUCCUGUUUACCUCGCCGCUGUUCUUGAAUAUCUCGCCGCUGAGGUUUUGGAAUUGGCUGGAAAUGCUGCAAGAGACAACAAGAAGACAAGAAUUGUGCCAAGACACAUUCAAUUGGCUGUGAGGAACGAUGAAGAAUUGAGCAAGCUUCUUGGUGAUGUUACUAUUGCUAAUGGUGGUGUUAUGCCAAAUAUUCACAACUUGUUGCUUCCAAAGAAAGCUGGUGGUAACAACAAGGGUGCUGAUGAUGAAUGAAUGAAUCUUAGCUGAAAAACUUGAGUUUUGAAUUUAGUUUAUUAAUUGUGUUAAAUGGGUCUUGGUGUCUUUGUAGUUCUAGUUAGGUGUUUAGUUAAAUGAUGUUUAUGUGGAUAUAUUUAUCUAAGCUUGUUCCUUUGGAAGAGAUUAAUGAAAAUUCAUGAAUUUGUCCUUUUUAGUAUUUGAA